AUGACAUCAAAGAAACCAGAAUGGAAUAACGCGAUGAAAAAUGAAGGGUUGGAUGAUAUGACCCUUCUCUCUAAAGUUACAAAUGAUCAAAUUUUAGAGAACCUCAAAAAGAGAUUUGAAAAGGAUAUCAUUUACACCAACAUUGGUGAUGUACUCAUCUCUGUCAAUCCCUUCAAACCAAUCCCAAUCUACACUGACGAGAUUCUUCAUGAAUAUGUUGGAAAGUCACGUAUCGAGCUUCCACCACACGUCUUUUCCAUUGCUGAACAAACCUAUCGUUCCAUGAUCAAUGAUAAAGAAAAUCAAUGUGUCAUUAUUUCUGGUGAAUCUGGUGCUGGAAAGACUGAAGCAGCCAAAAAGAUUAUGCAAUAUAUUGCAGCAGUCAGUGGUGAAAGUGGAAGUACAAGUAAUAAAAAGGUAGAACAUGUCAAAUCGAUCAUUUUGGAAACCAAUCCAUUAUUGGAAGCUUUUGGUAAUGCAAAGACUCUACGUAAUAAUAAUUCCAGUCGUUUUGGAAAAUAUUUUGAAAUUCAAUUUAAUAAGAAUAAUGAACCAGAGGGAGGAAAGAUUACCAAUUAUUUGUUGGAAAAAUCAAGAGUUGUAUAUCAAUUAAAUGGUGAACGUAAUUUCCAUAUUUUCUAUCAAUUCUGUAGAGGAGCAACCAAAAAGGAACAAGAGGAGUUUGGUAUUUAUGGUCCAGAGAGCUUUGCCUAUCUUACCAAGGGCAAUACAUUGGACAUUGAUGGUGUCGAUGACUUUGAAGAGUUUGGAUUGACACGUAACGCCAUGAAUGUCAUUGGUAUCACUGCACAAGAGCAACACAAUAUAUUCAAGUUGAUUGCAGCCAUUCUCUGGCUCGGUAACAUUGAAUUCAAGGAACAAGCCGGUGACAAGGCUGUCGUCGUCGACCAAAGUGUCCUUGAUUUUGCAGCUCAAUUGUUGGACGUGCCAUCCAACUUUUUAAAGACAACACUCGAAUUCCGUCAAUUAGAGACAAAGAGAGGCAACCAACGUGGUACCCAAUACAACGUGCCACUCAACAAGACACAGGCCAUCUCUGGUCGUGAUGCCUUGGCCAAGGCCAUCUAUGACCGUUUGUUCAACUGGUUGGUCGAGCGUGUCAACAAGGCCAUGGAAAACAAUGCUCAAGGUUUGAUGAUUGGUGUAUUGGAUAUCUAUGGUUUCGAAGUGUUUGAUCGUAACGGUUUCGAACAAUUCUGUAUCAACUAUGUCAAUGAGAAGCUACAACAAAUCUUUAUCGAAUUCACUCUCAAAAACGAACAAAAUGAAUACGUCAGCGAAGGUAUCAAAUGGGAACCAAUUCCAUUCUUUGAUAACAAAAUUGUUUGUGAACUCAUUGAAGGAAAGAAUCCUCCCGGUCUCUUUUCUAUUCUUGAUGAUGUUUGUCGUGCUGUUCAUGCUGAAUCUGAGGGAGCUGAUAAAUCACUUUUACAACGUAUUGCAGUUUGUAAAUCAAAUCCACAUUUUGAUCCAAGAGGUAAUGCUUUUUGUAUUAAACAUUAUGCAGGUGAUGUAAUUUAUGAAGGUGCUGGUAUGAUUGAAAAGAACAAGGAUACAUUGUUAAAGGAUCAUUUGGAACUGUUACAAAUCUCUGCCAACAAGUUUGUCAGUGUACUCUUCCCAGACGUCAUUGACACUGACUCUAAAAAGCUUCCAACCACUGCCGGUUUCAAGAUCAAGUCACAAGCCAACGACCUCGUCCAAACUUUGAUAAAGUCGACCCCACAUUACAUCCGUUGUCUAAAGUCCAACGAUAUCAAGAAACCCAAUGUGUUUGAUGGUCCACGUGUACUCCAUCAGAUCAAGUAUCUCGGUCUCUUGGAUAACAUCAAGGUGCGUCGUGCCGGUUUUGCCUAUCGUACACUUUUUAGUAAGUUCCUCGAGCGUUACUACUUGCUCUCGGACAAGACAUGUUAUGCUGCCAACAACAUCUGGAAGAGUGACCCAUUGUCGGGUUGCAAGGCCAUCUUGCAAUCGCAAAACGUCGAGUCGUCGCAGUUCCAGGUCGGUAAGACCAAGAUCUUUAUUCGUUAUCCAGAGAUGCUCUUUGCACUCGAAGAGACAAGAGAACGUUACUGGCACGACAUGGCCUCGCGUAUCAAGAACGCCUACCGUAACUACAAGUCCUUCCAGUACGAGUGUUCCAACCGUAUCAAGAACGCCUUCCGUAACUACAAAAACUACCGUACUCGUUGUGCUCAGACUAUCCAAGGCUACUACCGUGCCUGGAAGCAAGCAUCACCAUUCUUUGACUUGCGUCAACAAACUGAACAACUCGUAAAUGGUCGCAAGGAGCGUCAAAGAUUCUCCAUGUUGUCGGUACGUAAGUUCUACGGUGACUACUUGGACGUGCGUUCACAAAACUAUUUGCUCGACGCUAUGGCCGAAGGUCGUGGUGAAGAGGUUAUCUUCUCGGCCAAGUGCCAGAUUGUAGUGCAUCCACUGUUGUCGGCCAACAAGAUGUCGCCACGUUUCUUGAUUGUCACCAAACAGGCCAUCUACCUCAUCAAAUUAAAGCAAAACAAGAAUCUUGCUCAAUACUUGUUGGACCGUCGUCUCCCAAUCAGCGAGGUGGCGUCAUUCUCCAUGUCAUCGCUUGGAGACAACUACCUCUUUGUUCAUGCACCCAUGGACUUUGACAUUGCACUCUGUUGCGAUCUCAAGACCGAAAUGAUGGCACACAUCAACAAACAAAAGGGAACACAGUUGCCUGUCAACUUUGGCGUUGAAAUUGAAUACCAAAAGAAGAAAAAGAGUAACAACAAGGUUCACUUUGUCAAAGAAGAGAUGCACAAGGAACCACUCUUUAAGAAAAAUACCAUUCACAUUGCAUCUGGUCUUGCAGCUGGCUCGACCAUCAACAAGGUCCGCAAGAAUCCAUCGCGUAAUCUCUCAAGUGGUGGUGGCUCGGGCGGUGGUGUGCCUAUGCGUAUGCCCGCUUCGACCGGCGGUGGUCCCAAGCCAAUGGCCAGCAAGCCAAUGGCCAAGCCCGCACCUGCCAAGCCUAUGGCCAAACCCGCACCACCCACUCCAGGUGGUCACCCAGGCAGCAAGCCAAUGCCAAAUCCAGCCGGCGCCAAACCACUCCCACAACCAGGUGCUGGCCCCUCCAAACCAAUGCCAAAUCCAGCCGGUGCCAAACCACUCCCACAACCAGGUGCUGGCCCAUCCAAGCCAAUGGGUAUGGGUCCCAAACCACCAGCUGCUGCUGGAGGUGCUCCAGGCCGUGGUGGUCCACUCCCACAACCAGGUGCCAUGAAGCAACCUGCCGGUGCUGCUGGAGGUGCUCCAGGUCGUGGUGGUCCACUCCCACAACCAGGUGCCAUGAAGCAACCAGCCAAACCAGCUGCCAAACCAGCCUCUGCCGCUCCAUUAUACAAAGCACUCUACGACUAUGAUGCCAUGCAACCAGAUGAAUUAACAUUCAAAGAAAACGAUACCAUCACCUUAAUUAAAAAGGUUGACGCAGAUUGGUGGAUGGGAUCCCAUGGAUCUCAAAAAGGAAUGUUCCCUUCAAAUUAUGUUGAGAUUCUAAAAAAGUAG